UACACAUGGUAUCAGAUAGCCAAACCUAGUCCAUCUUCUCUUCUGCUGCUUUUUGAUCUUUCACCAAAAUAAAUUCUUCACAGUUUUUUUUUCAUACGCAAAGAUGGUGACAACCUCUGGAAUAAUUUCAGAACCUAUUAUCCCAUCUUCUUAAACAAAUUCCUCUACCGUAUCUAUACCUUCGACGGGUAUUUCUGCCAGUCUUCCCUUUUCAUCUUCUUCAUCUGUAUUUGUACCUUCAACAGGUAUUUCUUCUAGUCUUCCCCCUCUAUCUUAUUCAUUCUCCUCACUGCAACCCUCUCUUCCUACUCCCACCAAUUUACCAGGCCCAUUUGUUAGCAGUGUUAGUUUGCCUUUUCAAUAUCCAUUUACUGGAACUGCAGAUCGAGCAUCUCUCUUUUCAUUUAAUUCUGUUGCUGCUCUUGCUGCACCAAACGUCACAAACCUGGUAACUAUAAAGCUUGCAUCGGUCGAAGAAUAUCUCACAUGGCGUACUCAAUUUCAAUCUCUCUUGCUCUCUCAUGAACUUCGAGGAUUUGUUGAUGGCUCAAUAUCUCCACCAAAUCCCUUUGUUUAUGCAUCCGGAACUCAACAGCCUAAUCCUCUUUAUCGAUCAUGGCUCAGAGUUGAUCAAAGUGUUCGUUCUUGGUUAUUUGCGACACUUUCUCGAGAAGUUCUUAUGGAUGUUCAUUUACUGCCUACUUCACGUGAUAUCUGGAAUUCUCUACAACGUCGCUACAUGGAUGCAAGUCAGACGAAAUCUGUAGAACUAAAGAGACAACUGACUACUAUGCGCAAAACAGACUCUAUGUCGAUUGAUCAGUAUCUUCGAGAGGCCAAGCAAAUUGCUGAUUCUCUUGCGGCAAUAAAUUCUCCUGUUUCUUGUCAAGAUUUUAUUGAUCAUGUGCUUCUUGGAUUAGGCAAGGAAUAUGACACUUUAGUUGGCAUUAUUACACACUUUCCUGGUUCAUUGUCGCUUGAAGAACUCCGAACGAAGCUUCUACUCCAUGAACAACGGUUGCAACGCUUCAAGGAUAUAGAUUCUACUAUCACUCAUCAAGCAUUUGCUGCCCAAAAUAUGACCUCAAAUUCCUCAAAUGUCUCGGGUGUUCAAUCUGCUUCUCAAGGAGGUCGUGGCAAAGGUCGAUCUUUCUCCUCUAGAGGUCGAGGUCGUGGUGGUAGAGGCCGAGGCUCCUUUGGUCGGGGUUAACAACAUCAAGUUCCUUUCGGCAACAAUUUUACUCGCAAUGGUUUCCCUGGACAAUCAUCGUCAGGACAAAGCUUCGGGUCAAACUCUCCUUCAAGCUUCCAGUGAGGGCGACGUAUAUCCUCUAUCUCCUUGGUCCAAGCCUUCUUCUCCUUAGGCUUUUGUUGCUUUUCGUCAGUCCGGUGAUAUAUGGCAUCGUC